AUGCCUUCUCGCUCUGAGCUCACCCCAGCUAUCAGAGAGAGGAUUUGCGAGCUCCAUUCCGCCGCUAAAUGGGGUUAUAAGCGUAUCCAUCGGAGAUAUCCAAAUGUUUCUCUCUCUACGAUUCGCUAUACCAUCAAAAAAGAACACGAAAGGCACGAUGGCGUCUCAAAACCUCGCUCUGGGAGACCAAAGAAACCCAAGGACGCCAAUAAAGUGAAGGAUGCCGAUAAAGUACAGGAUGCGGAUCAAGUACAGGACGCCGAUAAAGUGAAGGAUGCCGAAAGAGCGCAGGAUACCGAUAAAGUACAGGAUUGUGAUAAGGUACACGACGCCAAUAAAUUGGGAGCGACAACUGAGAUUGAUAUUUGUCGAACCCAGAUUUGUGUCAUGGUUUUCACUGGAUGGUGGUCGUUUAAGCAUGGUCUCGUCAUCUCAAGAUCUCUGACGUAUCGUCAUCUCCGGACCUUCAGCUGUCGGCAAAGGGACAUUGAACGCAAAGGAUUAGUUGUGGUGCUCUAUAUCGAAAUGGAGGGUGUGAAGCAGAUGAAGGCAAACCCCAGCAUAGAUGCGUGGUGCGUUUUUAUCAAACCACCUAGCUUUGAAGCUCUCGAGGCGCGCCUUAGAGGCCGGGGAACCGAGAAGGAGGAGGACAUCCAAAGGAGACUUGCACGGGCUAAAGUGGAAUUUGAAUAUGCCAACUCUCAGACGAAUGAUAAGAUCAUUGUCAACGACAAUGUUAAAACGGCGUACCGGGAGCUUGACAACUUCGUAUUUGGGCCAGCAUGA